GCUCAGAGAGAGAGAGAGAGCAUAUCAGCACGUCCAGCAAUCCACGCGUCCCCUCGAGAAUCGCCACAAACCUCACUCACGAGAUUCUGGUCUCCGCUGCCUCGAUUCACCACCAGAAUCGCCCCCAGCUCAACUCGCUCUACCUGACUCACUGAGGCUCCUUUUCCUCACCUCAACUCAACUCAACUCGCUCCCCCAACUCACUCACCUCUCUAUCUCUCUGUGAGUUCAAUCAAUCUUCGAUUCCAUGGGAGCCAACAUUCGUCGUCGCCAGCUCUAGAAACCUCGAGAACUUUCCGUCUUGUUGACUUUCGGAUCAGAUGGCCCCCCGCCUCCGUUGCAUUCUCUUCCUCGCCGCACUCUCCGCCGCUCUGCUUCCGCCGCUCCUCGCCAGCUCCGGCGACGCCGAUCCGAUUUACCGGUCUUGCGUGGAGCAGUGUCAAAAAUCUGGAUGUGUAGGGGAGAAAUGCUUUCAGCACUGUAAAUUUUCAUCUGAUGGGAAACCUAUUGAUGGCCCUUGGUAUAUCGAAGAACCUCUCUAUUUGCGCUGGAAGCAAUGGGACUGCCAAACUGACUGUAGGUACCACUGCAUGCUUGCGAGGGAGGAGGAAAGGGGGAGACUUGGUGACAAGCCUGUAAAGUAUCAUGGAAAAUGGCCAUUUUGGCGUGUUUAUGGCAUUCAGGAACCUGUUUCCGUUGCUCUCUCUGCUCUCAAUCUUGCCAUGCAAUUUCAAGGUUGGAUUUCAUUCUUUAUCCUCGUAUACUACAAGUUGCCUCUGAGGCCAACUAGGAAGACUUACUAUGCAUAUACUGGCGUGUGGCAUAUCUGGGGGAUCUUAUCAAUGAAUGCUUGGUUUUGGAGCGGUGUAUUUCACAGCCGGGAUGUGGAGUUGACAGAGAAACUAGAUAUUUCUUCUGCUGUCGCAUUACUUGGUUUUUCCCUCAUUGUAGCAAUACUGAGAGCUUUCAAUGUCAGAGAUGAGGCCGCCAGGGUCAUGGUCUGUGCUCCACUGAUUGCAUUUGUGACCACACACAUACUGUACCUGAACUUCUAUAAACUUGAUUGCGGUUUGAAUAUGAAGGUUUGCACGGCCAUGGGCGUUGCUCAGCUUCUUAUAUGGGCAGUUUGGGCUGGUACUACCCGUCAUCCAUCACGCUGGAAGUUGUGGGUGGUUGUUGUGGGAGGAGGCUUUACCAUGCUCUUGGAGAUAUACGACUUCCCACCUUACCGAGGAUUUAUAGAUGCUCAUGCAAUUGCAAACGGUAUCACCAUCCCUCUCACAUACCUUUGGUGGAGUUUUGUCAAGGAUGACGCUGAGUUUAUGACAGCAGCUCUCCUUAAGAAAGCAAAGUAGUAGUCCUGAAUAUGAAGUGGUGCUCAGAUGGUGGAUGGUAUCAAGAUACACGACAUGUUCACCCCCGUUAAUUCAUCAAUUAAUAUUCUCACUCUCUCUCUUUUUUCAUGUGUAUGCAUUUAUCUGAAAUGCUUACCAUGGUGGUUCACGUGGUUUUUUGCAUUUCAUUGGUAGAUGUCCAAUUGGUAGAUGUCCAUUUGUUUCCACCGAAAGAAUCCAAGUUUCCAGGUCAUUGUGUUUGUGGUUUUUUCCUGGAAAAUCUCUCAAUUUGUAGAUGUGAGGCUCAGUAACUGAGUUUCUAUAUUGUACUGUAAAUCUUUGUGGAUACAAUUUAGCAUGUUGUGUUAUUUGACUUA